AUGAAGCUCGUUACCCUUCUCACCUUCCUCCUCGGCACCGCCACGGCUCUUGAGUCGGCCGGACUCCACCGACGCGCAGAGCGUCCAACCAAGCGGGCCUUGAGGGUUAAGAUCAGCACGCCAACGCUGCAGCAAUCCAAGGCCUCGCUCGUCAAAGUGUCGGGGCUGGAACAGCGCAGCGGGAGCAGACUGACUGACGUGUUUGCACCGGGGCAGAACCCAAGCCUGUCCACAGCCGACUGCAAGGCCAUCGUCAGCCAAUUGCUGUCCACCGACGGGGCGUUCAUCAUUGCGGCCAACUCGUGCCUUGUCUUUGAGUUGGGGACGUGCCAGGGCUUCUUCUGCUCGGUGUGUGAGGAGCUAACUACCUCGACCCUGUUCAUCGGCAGCCAGCUCGACACGGUCGACGCGCUGUGUGUCGAGAACGGACAGGCUGGCACCAUUGUGGGUGACGAGGCGCCGCAGUGGGACGCCGGCUUCACGUAUGCCGGAGCGGGCCUCCCCACGUUUGAUAUUUGCUGA